AUGGUUGCAUUUGGUUCUGACUCGGUCAUAAUGGCUUGCGCGGCGGUGACCCAGAUGAUAUUCGUCAUUGGGCACAAACCGCCGGCUAAGCCUCUUGUCGCUGCAUUAGUCGAAGCUUGGCGCUCGCCGGCCGAAACGAACCAACGGACACUGCUUGUGCCUGUUCCGGCCGCGUCAGACGCACGGAUCGCUCCCGAUGCAGACGGCCUGCCAUGUCGCGAUCAGAAGGUGGUCGUGAGCGCCGGACUUAUAUCCUGCUGGCUUAUGCUCGUUGCGAUGGCCGUCCAGAUUUCAGACAAGAGACAACAGAGAAGACACCUGCUGUGA